ACAAACACAUUCAGUGAGUGAGUGCCAGUGAGGUAGUGUCGCCAUGCAAUAUGGCAGUGUCGACGGUUCAUUACGGAGGACACUUACAGAAUCAAUUAACUAGAUCACUGGAAAGGAUCCUCGAGGAGGCAAACCAAAGCGGCGAGUUAAAAUUGGGCAACAGAACGUUAAAGGAGUUUCCGCAGGCGGACCCCAAGUACAACUUACACGACACCGUCAUAGCAGAUCUUUCAAGAAAUCAUUUUAGUGAACUGCCAGUAAAGAUAACGGAGUUUCCAUUUUUAGAACGUUUACAGUGUUAUCACAACGCUAUUAGAUACAUACCUGACAGUAUCAGUAACCUGCAGUGUCUUACAUACUUAGAUCUAAGUAGAAAUCAAUUAACUUCUCUUCCAAGGGAGAUAUGUCUCCUACCAGUACAGAUUCUUUUAGUGGCCAACAACCAACUCUCAUGCCUUCCAGACGAAAUGUGCAAAAUGCAAAAGUUAACAGAACUGGAUGCUUCCUGCAACAGACUGACUCAUUUACCUCCGCGACUUGGAGAAUUGAAACAUUUACAAAGUUUGGAAUUGAGAAAUAAUCUCCUUCUUUGUGUUCCGUUGGAAAUUACUUAUUUGAACUUGACUCGACUGGAUCUUCGAGCAAAUAGAAUAAGUAAUUUGCCAGUUGAAAUGAGGAAUAUGACGACUGUUAUUCAUUUAAUGGUUGAUGAUAAUCCAUUAACUAGUCCUCCUGCUAGCCUGUGUAAACGUGGUAGGAUACACAUUUUCAAGUACUUAGAAAUAGAGGCCAUAAAAUUAGGACAUAAGGUUGGAUUGAAUGGUUCUGGAACGUUAGGAAGGAAACCAAGGAAGAACGCUGGCAGUGCUUCCACAUCUCCUUCUUUACAUCUUUCCCAGAGACUUAAACAAAAAAGGCAAAAUGUUGAUAGUGGUUAUAGUACGGAUUGUUAUGAUAAAAGAUGGUCUCAGGAACUUCCAGGUGAGACUGAAAGACAUUGGUCUUCUACGCCAAUACCAAACAGAACCAACGAACAUAAUGGAACACAUUCAAACAAUUCAACACCCUCAACUAUAUCACCUGGUUUGGAUAACACCUUUGAAGAUGAUGGAUCACGAGCUAACCCUUCAAUUGACGUCUGCGAUAAAAGAGACGACAGACUUAACCAAAGUGUUCGCGUUGUUCCAUACCCCGAUUCGCAAAAUCUAUCUAAUGGAAGUGAAGAAAAACCGAAAUUACAACAAAUUCAAACUUACAAGGAAUACAAAGAAGCUCUUAGACAACAAAGAGCACAAGACGUACCUUCAAUUUAUCGUACUAAAGAUUCUGAUGAUCAUAGUUACAAAACGGAACCGAACACCCCAACGCAUCACGGGUCACCAGCUCGCACUUUAGCGACAUCAAAAUCGGACCCGACUCCAUUAAACGCCCCGUUUAGUAGUAGUCCUAAACAUAUUUAUGACGAUACAGGUCCGAAAAAGCCAAUUCAAAAAGUGACACCAUCAAGAAGUUCAACUCCAGCAACAAGUUCUCCAGCACAUCAACCGCUUACUAACGGAACAAACGGCGAUACAACUCCCAACAAAAACAGUCCAACGAAAUACAUUCAAGACUACAUCAAACCUAGUUCACCAAAUUUACAAUCAACUGGAAUCCUUUCGCAUGAUAAUGUGCCAACUACAGUUUCAGUUUCAAAUGGAAAACCGAAUAGCCCAAGAGCUUUUAAUGGGGGUUAUGUAAAUGGGACGAACAAAAAUAAUUUAAACGGAAUGAAAUCGAACCGAAAUAUUACUUGGAAUCAAGAUGUACCAAAAGAUAAAAUGACGUUUACUAUGAGAAGGGAAAUCGAUAAAGCUAAGGAAGAAACUGAAUUGAUUAAUCAAUUAAGAAAUAUUAUUGAGACGAAAUUAAAAAUGGCUCUACCAGAAGAUUUAGCUCCCGUUUUAACAGAUGGAGUUGUUCUUUGUCAUUUAGCAAAUCAUAUCAAACCCAGAUCAGUUGCGAGUAUACAUGUUCCUUCUCCAGCUGUUCCCAAAUUAACGAUGGCAAGAUGUCGAAGGAACGUUGAUAAUUUUAUUGAAGCUUGUAAAAAGAUUGGAGUGGAUGAGGGGCUGCUGUGCAGUAGCGUUGAUGUAACCGAGCAGUUGAGUGGACGAGGCCUUCCGCGGUUACUGGACACCGUCGAGGCGCUCUGCCAACUGAAGGUCGACCACCCGAAGGCAUCACAAAAGCCGCCCGGGGGGCUCCACGACACCAUAGUCUCACUCUUGUUGCUUGCGACGUUCGUCAUCACUGUGGUUCUGCUUCUCGUUUUUCCUCCACCCGGAUAAAUAAAAAAAACAAAAAAAAAUGAUCAAAAAGUGAUGGUGGAGAUUAUUUAUUUAUUUUUGCAUUACAAAGUUUUUAAUGAAACAUUCCUCGGGAUAAUUUAAAUUGUUCGUUAUUGCUGCGACUUAAAAAGCAGAGAUUAAUUUUUAAUUCUUAAUUUAUUUUUCGCUGUUUAAUUAACUACUUAUUACUAUUAAACUCUAUAAUAAUAAUGAAUAAUAAACUAAAUAUAUAGCGUGUUAAUAAAAAAAUUUAACACCCUAUAUAAUUAAAAAUGUGAUGAUACAUCAAUCAGGAAAUUAAAGGCAGCUUAUUAUCGCUGUUAACUUUACAAUUAUACGCUUGUUGUAACAUAAAGCUUAGAAUGAAAAAGAAAAAGAAAGAACGUUUUGUGAUGAUCUAUUUAUUAACAUUCCAUUUUAUUAUCUUUAUCAUAUAAACGUAAAUGGCUUUAAACUAAAAAAUUUAAUAGGGUUGUUUUAUAGCUUGCGAUUCACUUUGUUAAUGCUUCGUUUACUUCUGCAGAUAAUAUAAUAAAAUGAAAGUUAUAUUAUUAUAUUUGCAAAUAUUUAAAAUAUGCACAUUUGGAAUAACGUAUAAUAAUGUUUACAAACAAUACAUUUGUGCCUAUAAGUAUACACAAACGCAACAUUAAGCUUGCAAACAUGUAACACCACAAAUUUUUAAAUUAAAAUGAAAAAUUAAUGCAGGAUAUUUCCAAUGACAACAACAGACUGAUAUUUAAAUAUUUUUGUAAUUCAUGUCUUUAUCUGCACUUUAAUCUUAGAAAAAAAAUCAAAAAAAAUUUUGUGAAUUCCAUUUAAUGUUAGAUCAGUAAUUUUUGGGCAUUAAUCAUAUCAGUAGAUAUAUUCCAGUUCGAUUUAAAUGGUAAGUUUUUUAAAAAAGCAUUCCAAAUUUUAUUCCAAUUAAUCAAAAAAAUUAUAAUAACGAUAACUUUUAAGUUAUCUUUUAGAGAGCUUAUAUUUGUAUAAAGAUUUUCGCGUUUAAUUUCUAGUCAAAAACGUUUAGUUUUUUUCUUUCCUCUUAAAUACCCCAGUAUUAUCAUUCAUACAAAGAACUUAUUUUUUUGUUUAUUUGCCAACCAAAUAGAAUU